UAUAACUUAUAUACAUAUAAACGUAUAAAUUUGAAAAGGAAGAAAAUAGCCGUUUUCCUUUUCUCUCUCUUUUCAUCCUUAUAGCUUUAUCCUUAUCCUUAUCUAUCCGAAAAUCCAAGUGCUCUUCAGUUAAUAUAGUAAUAUUAAUCUUGAAUGGGUGAUACGCGCCGCAUGUCUUCGGGCAAGAUCGACGGAAUGCUGUUGAUAUUUUUGUUAUUUUGUUGUGUACGUUCUACUAUCCAAGGGUUUCGUCUUCAAGAAGCUUUGGAUACCGCUGGAUGUCUAGCGCUAUGUAGAAACAAGUCGUGCCGAAAUCAUUGUUCGCAACCUACAGGCGAGUUUGAGCCUUAUCCGAAAACGAAGGAGGAAGCUGGCGCAAACGUAACUUUACACUGCAGAGGAAUGAACGCGCUAAUAAUUAAGCAUAAUCCUGGAAGCUACGUUAUUCAACAAAGCGUUUCCGUCGACGCUUGGGAUACAGCCACAGUGAGCAACGGCGGAUUGUCGACAUUUUCAAACUUGACACCAGACACGCUUUAUCGUUAUCGUUUACACAGAAUAACACAGCGCGGGUUUUCAUUAGCUGAAACGUCGGAUUGGUUUUCAACUUACGCAGUUGAUUACCAACCAAACCAAAUUCAACAUAUUUCGCUUGUAAAAAUUGAAGAAGAAAGUAACAAUGUGUGUCAACUACGAGCCGAAAUUAUUUUUGAACCUGUUGAAGACCAGAGCUGUAACUAUAAUAUAUUGUCUUGGUCGGGAGAACAUGAUUUGAUCAAUUUUGAUUUAAAGAAGCCUUCAGAUUUCCAUUUUUCUCUUAGACACUUACGGUACAAUCAGAAUAAUACUAUAUCGAUCCGAUCGAGUAACGAUGACUUUUCUAAAGUUAGUAAUGCAACAAUGUUUACUUUCGUCACUCCAUCGUGUCUAGAAAUUCAUCACAACUUAAGCGUUUGCGCACCUGAAAAGGUAAAAGGUUUGCGGACGGAGUACAUUCGAAAGCGAAGUGAUGGAUCGUAUGAUGUUGCAGUUAAUUGGAAUAAACCCAUUCUACAGCCAGACAAUUAUACGUUACAAUUUGACUCAUCGUUUCAACUCAAACCGCGUUUACUAGUUGUAUCUGGCGAUGCGGUCAAAGCUCUCUUCUCGAACGUCGAUGUGAGACUGCAAUACGAAAUCAGUAUUGUGGCAGAAUCAGCAGGUGGUGUAAGUUUAAAAUCGACUAUAUCCGGAAGUAUCGAUAAAGCAUCAGUUGCAGAGCUAUCUUAUCGCGAGAUCAUUGUAGCGUUAUCAACAUUAGUGAUUGUUGCGGUGGUGUUUGGAAUAAUCUGUAUGCAACGUCAACGUCGUAACAAUAAGAAGCAUAAGCAAACUAAUAUGGAAUAUAUGCAUUUUGAGGGUUCUAUGGAUUCUCUUAAGAAACCUUUAAAGCGAGAUUAUGCAGUAGAUAAUAGCGCUACUCUUUUGCCUCAUGAUAAAUUUCAACUUACUCCACAACAGCUGAAAUUUAAAGGCAUAUUAGGCAGUGGGGCGUACGGUAUUGUCAGACUUGCCUCAUUGCAAGAUGAAUUUGGCGCUAUCGCAGAUGUAGCUGUUAAGAUGAUGAAAGAUAAUCCAACAGUAGAGGAUAUAAGAAAUUUUCAUCAAGAGAUUUCAAUGAUGAAAUCUGCUGGUCAGCAUCCAAACAUAGUAUCUUUAAUUGGAUAUUGCACUUUGUACGAUAAACCUUUAUUAGUAGUGGAAUAUUGUAGCAAGGGUGAUUUACAAACGUAUUUAAGGACGAUUUGGCAGAAUUUGGUGAAUGCCGUAUUCGAGUGUAGGACUCAUUUGAAAUCCAAUACGAUAUCUGUUGCUAAUGAGAACACAGAGAGAGAUCAAGAAAAAUGUGUCUCCAACUAUAAGAAUACGCGUACGAUCGCCAAUUGCUUAUACGAUAUUCAGCAAGAUGUGAUAAAAUAUACAGAGAAUGUUACUUCUGCCGAUUUAUUGAAUUUUGCUAGACAAGUAGCUACCGGAAUGGAAUUUUUAUCUUCCAAUCGGAUAGUACAUCGUGAUUUGGCUGCUCGUAAUGUAUUAGUGCGACCAGAUAGAGUGGUAAAAAUUUCAGAUUUUGGUCUUAGUCGGGAUAUCUAUCGAGAGAAUGUUUAUCGAAAGAAAGGAAAUGGUAAAUUGCCUUUAAAGUGGAUGGCACUCGAGGCUUUAACACAUCAAAUAUAUACUACUUACAGCGAUGUAUGGGCUUUUGGUAUCUUAUUGUGGGAAAUAGUUACUUUAGGUGCCAUGCCUUAUCCUGGUACUCCCACAAAUAGAAUUUUGCAAUUUCUCAAAUCCGGAUAUCGAAUGGAGAGACCACCCAAUUGUAGCCGAGAAUUAUACAGCAUAAUGUAUUCAUGUUGGAAUAUGAGACCGCAAAGUAGACCUACUUUUACAGAAUUGAAACAAAGCUUGGAUAAAUUGCUCAGUGAUUAUUCGGAAAAUAAAUACUUGAGUCUGUGCGAUGUUUUAUAUGAAUCAGCCGACGAAAGUAACGAGCCAAGGUCGAUUAAUGCACGUUAAAUGGAAUUAAUGUAGAAAGCACAACUAUUAAUUAGCUCAUCAAGCUCGUCGAAUUUUUAUUAUGUGCAAAAUCGUUUAUUUUCUAAUUAUACAUACAAUAAUUUGUGGUAUAUAAUUUCUUAUU